AUAAGCUGUUGAAUUAUGCAAGAGUGGAGCAGCUUGUUCCUUCAAAGCAUGAAUCAAAAGUUUGAAAAAAAAAAAAAAAUCACGGAGGUUGUGUGGUUGUUUGGAUGGGAGCGUGCAGGCGCUAGGACCUGGGACACGUGCGCGUAUUAGUUUGCCAGAGGGUGGAGAUGGUGAACAAUGAGGGAGCUGACUGGUAGGACCAUCACAGGAGCAACAUCUGAGACUAAACCUCCCCCUCCUCCCCUCCUCACUCAUCCAUCUGAGCCCCACUGGACCGACGGACGAAACAUCCAGACGGGUUUGACAGCGUGCGCAAGACGCGGAGUUGGAGAGAUUUUUGGAGAUUCGUCCACGCGUGCUGCAGAGAGUAGAGGUCUAUGAAGCCCCCCCAGUAGAUGUGAAUGAAUGGGUUCGCCUAUGUGUGUGUGUGUGGUACCGAAGUGGGUCAUGCGGACCACUGAAGGAGCGAAAGAUAAACACGCUGCACCCUCCUCCUCCUCCUCCCGCUGCUGCUGCUGCCUGGCAGGUUGAGAUGGUGGGCGCUCAGAGGAGGGAUCCCAGCCUGUGUCCUCAUCCCGGCAGCACUCAGCAUCAGAUGAUGCUUUGAUUUAAUCCGCCUCCGAAGAAAGUCACUAACUGAAAAAACAUCUCCAGACGAAGGACUGGAAUCACCCUCAGAAGAAGGAAAGAAAGCACACCGCACCGACCUCAUCCAAGCUCUGUCUGCUGCUUUUUUUUUUCUAUAAGGGACCUGCACGGUUCUCCUAACACCUACUGUAACUGGUCGAUAAUACCCUUCAAAACGAGGAGAUCCAUCCAUUGGUUUCCCAGCAGAUCAGACCAGAGCCGAGCAGAGCGCAGCAGCUCUGCGCGCCGAGCGGAUGCAGGACCAUGGAGGAGAGAGACAGGUCGCCAGCAGUCUGCCACACAGCGUCAAGGCGAGCCUGUCCCUUUCUCCAUCUGGGCCAGGACGGGUGGGCAGCGGCGGGGGCUCUCCUACGUCCAAGAUGGGCUACUGUGCUGGAGUUCCCGUAGAGGACAUGCAAGCCUUGGCCAUCACCUCUCUGUCGGCAGCAGAUGUAGCCAAACAGUAUGAGCACAUCCGUGAGCUGGGGAAGGGCACGUAUGGGAAGGUGGACCUGGUGGCUCAUCGGACACAAGGCACAAAAAUGGCACUGAAGUUUGUCACCAAGAACAAGACAAAGCUGAAGAGUUUCCUGCGGGAGUACAGCCUAACAGGCUCACUUAGCUGCAGCCCGUUCAUCAUCAAAGUCCUGGAUGUGCUGUUUGAGACGGAGGACAGCUAUGUGUUUGGACAAGAAUACGCCCCAGCUGGGGACCUCUUCGACAUCAUCCCCCCACAGGUGGGCCUGCCAGAGGAAAUGGUCAAACGUUGCAUGCAACAACUUGGCUUGGCCCUGGACUUCAUGCACAGUAAAAGCCUAGUGCAUCGGGACGUCAAACCCGAGAACGUGCUCCUAUUUGACCGCGAGUGCCGCCGCAUCAAACUAGCUGACUUCGGCAUGACUAGACGUGUGGGCUGCCGAGUAAAAAGGGUGAGCGGCACCAUUCCCUAUACAGCGCCGGAGGUGUGCCGGGCUAGUCGCGCAGAGGGUUUCCUUGUGACCACCAGUCUGGAUGUGUGGGCGUUUGGUGUGCUAGUGUUUUGUAUGCUGACAGGAAAUUUCCCAUGGGAGGCAGCGCUGCCCGCAGAUGCAUUCUACGAGGAGUUUCGGCGUUGGCAAAAAGCAGGGUGUCCGGUGGGAACGUACCCGUCCCAGUGGCGCCGCUUCACUGAUGAUGCCUUGCGCAUGUUUCAGAGGCUGCUUGCUGCUGAGCCGGAAAAACGUUGCGGAGUCAAGGACGUCUUCUGCUUUGUCAAGUACGAGCUGGUCAGUGAGCUCAGGCGCAGAGCGUCCUGCAGAGCGAAGAGAGGCGAGAGGUCAAGUUCUGGAGUCUGCACCGGCAGUUGCACUACCUCCUCAACCUCUACUACAUCACGGUCCUCCCACAGACACCCUGAGCCCUCCACCCCUCCAGGAACAUCCUGCCUCCGCCCGGCGCCACUCAAACGCAGUGUCCUCUCUGAUCCAUUAUCUCCCAGAGAGGAGUCUGGGCCGCACCAGUCUCCAGGCCGAGACAAGAACAAGAGCCAGAUGGUGAUGGCGACUGCCAUCGAAAUCUGUGUGUGACCACGCCAAUGUUAGCAGAGCAGGCUAGAUGGCUUUUCACAGUAAUAACAAGCUUUGAAGAGGUGUUAAUGACUACCACAGAGACUCCAGUGAAACAGGAGAGGUACUUGAACAUGGAAGCGAAGCUCAGGAUCACAUCACUGGCUGUGGAAAUGCAAAUCAUCAAUCAGCGGUACACUUUUGGACAGCUUAUCACUGGCACAUGCUGUUUAGGUUUUGAUUUGUGACCAAAGACUGCUUAGCUGAGAAGCUUUGCUGGCAGUGUUUAGGAGUCUGCUGAUGUUGCUCCUCUCAGCAGCUCAUUCAGCCAUCCAGACGUUUGUGUUGUUCUGCCCAUACACUGUGGUGGUGCUAAUGAUUCUAUAAUUAGAAACUCUAUAAAAACUGAUUUUGUCAUUUCUCCCUCAUCACUCACAGUUUCUUCUUUUGUGUUUCUAAUUACAUCUCUUUAGAAGUGUUUAUUUAUCUCAGAAUAUAACUCAGAGGAGGCCAAAACUCUUCAGUCAGGGGGCCGGUGAUCCAGAGGAAAUCUACGCAACUACAUUCAACUGCCAUUUCUGAGACUUCCUGCCAACUUCCAAUGCAGAAAGUUUGUCAGAGACUCUUCAAGAGAAGGGGUUGUAAAGAGCAAAAAAAAAAAACACCAACAACAACAACAACAACAACAACAAAAAGAAAUCUUCCUGUAGCAGUUUGUAUGAGACGUCUUUUCAUGUAGGAGUCUUAGAGUUAGUUUCUCAGUGAUAGGCAUCACCUCAGGACACUUCAGUGGUUUCCUUCCUGUUUUAGAAGUAAUGGAAAUCCAUUGUGUGACUGAAAGAAACGUCUGCCACUUUUUGAACUGCUCAGUGAGAUUCAUUUCCAGAGUAACUCAACAGAAUACAGGGAUUGUACAUUUAGCGAGUGGAAAAAGGGCAGCGAACGAAGAAAGGAAGAAAAUGUCUUUUUAUUGUUUCUUUUCUACCUGCUGUGUGUGUGUGUGUGUGUGUGUGUGUGUGUGUGUGUGUGUGUGUGUGUGUGUGUGUGUGUGUGUGUGUCUUAAAUGCUAAAGCACAAGGUUUUUGUAAAGGAGGGGACCUGUUAAGAAGAUUUAUGACUCUAUAUUGUAAAUAGUUUGAUAUUUUUAGGAGUGUAACGUACUAUCAGGUAGUUUAUCUAUGUAGCGGCACUACUUUUCUACGAGAGGGGAAGGGGUUUUGAUGUUUUACAGUUACUGUCUGGGUAAUGCAAUGUAUGUAGCAACAAAAAAAGACAAAGUGUACAGUAUAUCACUACAAAUUAAAUAUAGAAAAUCAUCAAGACAAUAUAUAACAUGGUAGCAGCUGCUCUUCUCUUCUCUUUAUCCUUUUGUUUCAGACUUUAUCUAAACUGGACCAGGUAUGACACACAAAUUGUUAACUAGGUAUCAAUCAGUCUUGUAUUUUCCUUUUAUAAUAACAAUAUCAUGAGUAACAUCAGGGUUUUUUUUGGUGCUUCCUGGUGUCCAAUGAUCACAGCCGGUUUUGUCUUCAUUCAAUCAGUUAAAGCAACAAAUGGAUGCUUUGCAGGUUGACACCUCACUGAUUAAUUUUCAAAAGAUGCUCCAAUGUUUGAUUCGCACGAUGCAACAUUAUCUAGUAAACACAACUGCUCUAAAUGUGUAGUGGCAAGAAAAAUCUUCCUUUCUCUUCGGGGAAUUCAUCCAAAUGAAUCACAAGAAGAGCAGAGCCCAGGUGUUGAUUGUUUGUUAGCGGGAUGGCCUCCGUGUCAGCCAGAUGAUUGAUCCUGACCAGUGCACACGUUCAUCUUCCAAACAGAAACUUCUUAUUAUGAAGGCAGAAUCACUGUAACACCGGUGAGUUAAUGCUUCAGUGGGUGCUCGUUAUCAUCAACUUUCUCGCUUGAAUUGUUUUGCUGUUAUGUCAGUCUGGUGUGAGUGUGUGUGUGUGUCCAUGUCUUUGUUGGACUGUGUGCUUGUCCUCACUUUCCUUAUUUUCCCACUCCUCCCUUGACAGCCCAUCAGCUCUGUCGCUAUAGUGACAGUGCCAGUGCUCCUCCGGUUUCGGCUUCUGUCCUCUUCUUGAAAAAUAAAGUCUAAUUGAGCCUAAAUGAAACAACCGGUCACCAACCCCCCUCUCAGGCACCCACAGCUUCUCAUGACAGUUGCUUAGCUUAUUAUUCUCCAUGGCACUUUUGCCUGUAUUUUUUGAGACAGUUCACAGACCAGAGUCUUUAUCCAGUCUCAUCAGGCAUAAUUGAAGCUGCUGAUGCUUCCCUAUCAUUUUUGUUCCAUACUCUUCAAUCUGCAAAAUACAGCUGAUUGAGGCUAAAGCCUUGUCAAGGUAUGCGUUUAAUGCCAGGAUGCAGGCUGUCUUAUAUAAUCUGUCAAAGGAUAAUCUGUCAGUGUAUUGUAAUUGGAUGUGAUGAUAUAUGAGAGAGAUGACAUCACAUGUUAAACCAUACUGCAAAUAGUUAUGCAGUGCAACUUUACAUAUCCCAGUCUCCCAAUUAUCCACUAUACCAGGCAACAAUUUAGCCUUUAGAAGCAACAGCCUGUAUUAUCAUAGCUGAUAAUGGGUAUCUGUCCCAAGGCAUAAUUUUCUGUACAAUAUUUGGCAAUUUCUGUAAGGCAAAUUGAAACAUUGUAACUAGUUAAGAUCAGAAAGAUGUCAUUUACAACAAAUGUAUCUGCAGAGGAGUCAGACAAAAGCUGAUGGGUUCUAUAGUUUCAACAGUUACAUCUUGGACAAAACUUUCCUUCAAGCUUGCAUAUGCAACCAAAUCUGUCCCAAACAAGACGUCAUGACAUCACACAUCAUGACAUGACAUAUCAAGACAUGAUGCGUUGUGACAUAAUGUAUCACUACAUGACACAUCAUAACUUCAUGUAUCAGGACAUAAGACAUCCCGAAAUGACCAGUGCAUCAUAACUUGACAGUUUAAAACCUGAGGUAUCAUAACUUCACUGAACAUAACAUCUUAUGUAUCUUCAUAAUGACCUCAUGCAUCAUAACCUGACGCUUAAACAAACAUUGUGCAUCAUAAUCUCAAGCAUCCUCACCUUCUGAAUCAUAAAUAUACAAGACAAAGCUCAACACAACAUUACAUGGGCCAAUGAUAUGUAAACCUGUAGCCCCUAGCUUUACAGUUGUGUUCUGAUGUGGUCUGCUAUUACUUUGUUAGAUCCAUCAGUAUCAUUACAUUGAACUGCUGAGAUGUGCAAUGCUAUUUCUCAUGGACUGUUAUGACGGAAAUGAUUCAGUUUAAAGAUGAGGUGUCGAUUUGUUUUAAAUUUUAUUGAAGCUCUAGAGAGUAGCCUUCCAUAAACCGCAGUCUAUCCUGAUCCAGUGAUCAAACUGUUUUCUGCCAGCAAGUGUUGUUGUAGAAACAAAUGUAAAUAAUAUAUGUAUUGUGUCUUAAACAAAAGAAAAAGAACGAACAAAAUGUUAAUAUAUGUUGAAAUAAAUUUAUGCACCACA